CACACCCCCAUGUACUUCUUCCUCUUCAACCUCGCCCUCCUCGACCUGGGCUGCAUCUCCACCACUGUCCCCAAAGCCAUGGCCAAUGCCCUCUGGCACACCAGGGCCAUCUCCUAUGCAGGAUGUGCUGCUCAGGUCUUCUUCUUUCUUUUCCUGUUUGGAGCAGAGUAUUCCAUUCUCACCAUCAUGUCCUAUGACCGCUACGUUGCCAUCUGCAAGCCCCUGCACUAUGGGACCCUGCUGGGCAGCAGAGCUUGUGCCACCAUGGCAGCAGCUGCCUGGGGCACUGGGCUUCUCUAUUCCCUACUGCACACUGCCAGUACGUUUUCUCAAGCACUGUGCCGAGGUAAAGUUGUGAACCAGUUCUUCUGUGAAAUCCCCCACAUCCUCAAGCUCUCCUGCUCAGAAUCAGGCUCUCUCAGGGAAACUGGAUUUAUAGUGCUUAGUGUUCUUGCCGUAUAUGGGUGUUUUGCUUUCAUUCUUUUCUCCUAUGUGCAGAUCUUCAGGGCCGUGCUGAGGAUGCCCUCUGAGCAGGGACGGCACAAAGCCUUCUCCACGUGCCUCCCUCACCUGGCCGUGGUCUCUCUCUUUGUCAGCACGGACUUUCUGGCCUACCUGAAACCCCAUUCCCUGGUCUCCCCAUCCCUGGACCUGGUGGUGUCAUUUCUGUACUCGGUGGUGCCUCCAGCACUGAACCCCCUCAUCUACAGCAUGAGGAACCAGGAGCUCAAGGAUGCAGUGAGGAAAAUUAUGUCAUGGACACAUUUCAGCAGCAAUAAACUUCUCAUCUGUCUUUACAAAUGA